CUCGCUCGCUCGAGGAGGGGGGGACGGUCUCGCUGUGCCUCCCAUUCUAAGGGCCGGCCGGGCAGAGCCACGCAGCGCAUGAGGUCUGGUCCUGUUGGCAGAACGGCUGACCCCUUGGCGAUAAAUAACCAGGGCCGCUGACAAUGUCAACUUCCUGUGAUGAGUCUGUGGCAUCUGUUGAAGAAGUAACAGACAGCUUCUGGGAGGUGGGGAAUUAUAAGCGGACAGUGAAGCGGAUUGAUGAUGGAUAUCGGCUUUGCAAUGAUCUGAUGAAUUGUGUCCAUGAACGAGCCAAGAUUGAGAAGGCAUAUGCUCAGCAGCUGGUUGAUUGGGCCAAGAGGUGGAGGCAACUGAUAGAAAAAGGUCCCCAGUAUGGCAGUUUGGAGAAGGCAUGGAUGGCUAUAAUGACAGAGGCAGACAAAGUCAGCGAACUACACCAAGAAGUUAAGAAUAGCCUACUGAAUGAUGAUUUUGAAAAGGUGAAGAACUGGCAGAAGGAUGCUUUCCACAAACAGAUCAUUGGAGGCUUCAAGGAGGCCAAGGAAGCAGAAGACGGUUUUCGGAAAGCACAAAAACCCUGGGCCAAGAAGAUGAAGGAGCUGGAAACAGCCAAGAAAGUAUAUCACUUGGCAUGCAAAGAGGAGAAACUUGCUAUGACCCGGGAAGCUAAUAGCAAAGCUGAGCAAUCUAUUACGCCAGACCAGCAAAAGAAGCUUCAAGACAAAGUAGAAAAAUGCAAGCAAGAUGUACAAAAGGCUCUGGAAAAAUAUGAGAAAGUUGUGGAGGAGGUGAAAAAGGGCACUCCACAGUACAUGGAGAGCAUGGAGCAGGUCUUUGAGCAAUGCCAGCAGUUUGAAGAGAAGCGGCUUAAUUUCCUGAAAGAAGUGCUGUUAGAUAUCAAGCGACACCUGAACCUGGCAGAGAACAGCAGCUAUUCUAAAGUCUACCGUGAGCUGGAGCAGACCAUUCGUGUGGCCGAUGCACAAGAAGACCUUCGGUGGUUCCGCAACACUUGUGGCCCCGGGAUGCCUAUGAACUGGCCUCAGUUAGAAGAAUGGAAUCCAGAUGCAACACAAACAAUAAACCGAAGAGAGAAACCAAAAAAGAAUGAGGGAGGCAACACACCCAAUGCCAGUGGAGGUGGGGAAGCAACAGCACAGGGAGGAGAUAGUGGCAGUGUCAGCAGUUAUGAACGUGGCCAAGCCUACCCUGGAGAGUGGUCAGAUGAUGAGGGUGGCAACACUUACAACUCCAAUGAAGCCAAUGGUGGUGCCAAUUCCUUUGAAGAAGAAACAGUUGGGAAAGGUGUCCGUGUACGAGCUCUGUAUGAUUACGAUGGGCAAGAGCAGGAUGAGCUGAGUUUCAAAGCAGGUGAUGAAUUAACCAAAUUAGGUGAAGAAGACGAACAAGGGUGGUGCAGAGGACGUCUGGACACCGGGCAACUUGGUCUUUAUCCAGCUAACUAUGUGGAAUCUAUCUAAUUCUGUCAUGUUCUUCUUGUGCUGCCAGAAUUCAACCCUCUCCAGUCCACCAUCUGUCUAUACCAGCCAAGUAGCCAUCUUACUCUACUGUCAUUCACUUAGCACAGUUAUAUUAUAUUUUCCAAUCAAUCUUUUAUUUUUUUAAUUACAUCUCUAAAAAGUAUUUUGUGGUAGCUUUACUAUUUUAGUUUCUUAAAGAAAUGAGAUAUGAAAAGUCAACACUGUUAUUGGAGGGCUUGUCUUGUAAGUGAACACCAAUAUUUCAAGGCUUUAAAGCCUAAUCAACAAAGCUUCCAAUUGGUUGGAUUUUAAUUAUAAAAUGUACGUAAGAAACAUUCCAAAUGGCUUAUUCUGCCUAGCAUUCACUCUCUGA